CUUCUAGACGUUGUCCCGCCAACUCAAGUGACGCGCAAAACACCGUGCAACUUGUGAUUUAAACAAACUGAAGAGCAACAUGGCGCGACUAAACCUUCUUCAAUUGUGUGUGCUAGGACUCUGUCUUGCGGUGGCAUCCGCUCAGUUCGGGGGCAAGCGGCCACCCAAGCCCAAGGCGCCCGUUGCUAAAGGCGACAUUAAAUACAUCAAAUGUCAGGUUUGCGAGGCGAUAGCGAAGCAGUCCAUCAAGGCGACGAAGGACCUCAUCGAGCAGGCGGGCCCGAAGAAGGUUCCGGAGGCUGAUAUCCUAGAGAGGGUGGAGAAGAUGUGCGAUCCUGACACCGACGACGGCGAGUGGAUCACCAAGUAUGAUAUUGUGGAGGAGGAUAGUGCGUUGGUGCUGAAGGACACGGGCGCGGUCGGGCGCUGCAAGUCUGAGUGCCGCACCAUCGCCCGGGCCUGCGAGAUGAUCUCUGACGAUGUGGACCUGACAGACCUGUCCGCCAUGCUCUUCAAGGGCAAGAAGCGCGCUGCCAUCAGCAACUGGAUGUGCCAUGACGCCUCGGACGCCUGCAGCAAGAAGGCGCCGGCACUCACCAAGCGCGAGGGCGCGGACGAGGCGCACGCCCCCAUGGACGAGGACGAGCUGCGCACGGAGCGGAUGAUGCGCUCCAUGAAGGCAGCGGGGCUCAGCGGCACAAUGUACAACAAGGAGACCAUGCAGGAGGAGCUCGCCGAGAUGGCGGACCAGUACGAGGACAACGAGGACUUUGCGCGCAUGCUGGAGGGUGAGAAGGCCGCAGCCGCAGGCGGGCAGGAGGGCGAGCUGUAGCGCUACAGGAGGCUAGGAGGAGACGGGCCUGGACAAGCACAUGCCUUCGCGGCCGGGCUCGGAUGCCCAGGAGCCCGACAGUGGCGUGGGAGGCGGUGCGGCGGCGGGCGCCGUGGCUGAUGCCGCCGCCCGGCUGCAGGACACGCUGACCCAGGUCAAGGAGGGGGCCAGCAAGCUGUUCGACAGCGCUAAGGGCUUGGUGGGCAAAUGGUUCGGGAAGAAGGAGGCGGCAAAGAAGCCCGCCGGCGAGCUGUAGGGGGAGGCUGUAGAGCGAGGCAGUGGGGCCGAGAUAAUCAGGUCAGUGUUGUCGUCGGUAUCUGGGAUGGCCGGAUGGGGAGUGGGGAUGUGGGGCUUUGGGUGGAGCGGCUGGAGCGCUCGCGCGUGAGGCUACGAAGUCUUGCGAGUACCGUAGCUGUCGCCAUCGGUGCAAAACGGCCGCAGGAUGUGACCGGCAGUAGUGCCUUCAGUGGAGAGUCGUGCGUUCUUGGCGUUGUGUGGUGGUACGGACGGCAUUUGAGCCCGGGGCUCAGCCCCCACCGCCAGAGUGCGAAUGGGGUUCGUGGCCCAAGCGGGUGCCCAGCAAGACCGAUAACCCCAUGGAAUACACUGUUUCAACAUAAGCACACU